CGCCUCUUUUUUCUAAUCAACUGCCGGGUGCGCUCCCUUGAGCCAGGGUCCAUCGAUCUGAAGCCGACUCCGGCGCCGACGAGGAGGAGCAGCGAGCGCCCACCAUGAGUACCGACUACACAUACGACGAGGAGGGCUACCUCUGGCCCUUCUUCGUCUUCACCCUCGCCUUCAUCAUCACCGUCCCGCUCACACUCCUGCUCGUCAGGCGGUCGCGAGACCCCGCCGCCGCCUUUCCGCGAAUACAGACCAGCUUCAAACAUGCCCACACAGACACGGUCGAGGCGCUGCGCAAGCAGGAGAAGCGCAAGGACAGGAAGCUGUCGCUCACUGUCGCGGUCGUCGUGGGCUGGGCCGUCAUGGGCUACAUGCUCUACCUCAUCCAGACGACCGAGGCGCCGUCGCAGAAGCUUUGGAACCCCUACGACAUUCUGGGCAUCUCCGAGUCGGCAACCGAGAAGCAAAUAAAGAGCACCUACAGGAAGCUGUCGCUCAAGCUGCACCCGGACAAGGUCAAGCUGGACCCCUCCAAGAACGAGACCAUGGAGGAUCUGAACGCGCGCUUUGUCGAAAUCACCAAGGCGUACCAGGCGCUCACCGACGAGGAGGUGCGCAACAACUACAUCCAGUACGGCAACCCGGACGGCAAGCAGGGCUUCAGCAUCAACAUCGCCCUUCCCAAGGCCAUCGUGUCGGACGGCAACGGGAAGUACGUCGUGCUGGUCUACUCGGCCCUCUUCGGCGUGCUGCUGCCCUACCUGGUCGGGUCCUGGUGGUACGGCACGCUCCGGCGCUCCAAGGAGGGCGUGCUCAUGGAGAGCGCCAACAGGCUGUUCCGCGAGUACAGGGAUAACAUCGACGAGGGCGGCGUGGUGACCGCCCUCAGCACUGGCAAGGAGUACGAGGAGCUCUUCAAGGGAGACAAGGCGGACUCGGGCCUGUCCAAGGUGGAGUCGCGGAUCCUCGCCGAGGGCGAGCUGACACCCCUCGCCGGCGGCAUCUCUCUCAAGGACAAGGGGAAACUGGAAGACCUGGAGAGCGGCCCGCAGAGGAAGGCGCUGGCGCUCCUCUGGGCUUACCUGGGCCGCGUCGAGCUGGACGAUCCCGAGCUGAACAAGGCCAAGUUCGCGGUGGCCCCGGUCGCCCACGCUCUCAACAAAUCGUUCAACGCCAUCGCGCUUGCCUACAUGAACACGAACCCGCUGCUCGCAUCGUACUACGCCAGCCAGCUCCUGAUCCAGGCCAUGCCGCCCAAGUCGUCGCCGCUCCUCCAGCUCCCCUACUUCACCCCCGCCGUCGUCAAGGCCGUCGAGGGCGACUCGCGCAUCCACACCAGCGUCCAGGAUUUCAUGGACAGGCCAGACGCGAAGCGGCGCAGCUUGGUGGUCGGCAAGGGCCUCCUCACAGAGGAGCAGUACCGGGAAGCGGUCGCCGUGGCCAAGCAGCUCCCCUACCUGCGCGUCGCGAAGGCCUACUUCAAAGUCACCGGCGAGCGCUUCAUCAUCCCGUCCUCGCUCGUCACGCUCGUCGUCAAGGGCCGCUUCGUGCCCCCCGGCAGCGAGAAGGUGCCCGAGAUCAACCCGGCCGACCUCGAGGACAUCGACCCGGCCGAGGACGACCUCGACGCGAUCCUCGGCCGCAAGACCAAGAAGGUGGUCGGCAAGGACGAGAAGACGGGCAAGCCGAUCGUGGAGGCGGCCGAGGCGGAGCUCGUGGCCGCGCCGCUGGCCGCGGCCCCGUACUUCGCGCGCGACCACUCGCCGCGCUGGCACGUCUUCCUGACCGACUCCAAGCAGGGGCGCGUCGCCGUGCCGCCCUUCACCUUCGCCCAGUUCGACCGCCCCAUCUUCGAGGCCGACGGCAGGACGCCCACCUUCGCCAUGCAGACGCUCAAGGCCCAGUUCCAGGCGCCGCCGCAGGCCGGCCACUACACGUUCGUCAUGCACGUCGUGUGCGACAGCUACGUCGGCUUCGACACCAAGAUGGAGGUGACGCUCAUCGUGGAGGAGGCGAGCAAGGCCGCUGAGAUGGAGGUCGAGGACGAGAUCAGCGAGCCGGACGAGGGUAAGUUUCACUUUUAUCAUCGUCCUUCUCCUCUGGAGGAGGAGGAAGGGGUAGGCAUAGGGAUAAAGCGAAGUGCUGACUUGAACUCUUUUUUACGCCACAGACUCGAUCGCGGGCAUCAUGCACGCCGCCAAGGGCGGGCAGCCGAAGCGGAGGAAACCGGCCAAGGACGAGUCCUCGGACGAGGAGAGCAGCACCGACGACGACGAGGACGACGAUACCAGCGCCACAAACACGGAUACGGAACCGGAAAAUUAGAUUGAGCGGGCGCUAGUUUACCCCUGUUUGUUUGUUUGCUUUUGUUUUGUUUCUGUGGUUCGCUUGGUUUGGACUUGGCUAUGGAAUUGGUUUUUGGUGCAUGUACAUACCUCUACCGACGACAUACAUCAUGGCGUUUUGCAUUACUUUUGCUGCUCUGCUCUGCUCUGCUCUGCUCUGCACUGUUCUGCGCUCGGAGUGUGUACACGAAGGUCUUUGCACUUGCGCGAACUUGCGCGGUCGUUGUUUGUGAAAAAGAACUUUGAGAUGAACAUCAAUCCCUUGGGCCUACUCCAGCUGAGCUCACUUAGCUCAACGACUUUCCUAACCUCCCUGCCUGACCUUUAAUAUGUUGCUUUCUCGUCUCCUUACUUCACUUGUGUACAUUGUGGUCGGACAUUAUCAUGAUCACAUGUAGGCAUGGCGUUGUUGGGUUGGGACGAGUGGGUGCGUUG